AUGGGCACAGCCAUGGAGGUGGGCACCCUCCUGGCCCUGGGCAUCACCAUCCCCCUGGCCCUGGGCACAGCCAUGGAGGUGGGCACCCUCCUGGCCCUGGGCACAGCCAUGGCCCUGGGCACCCCCCUGGCCCUGGAAACCACCCUCCAUGUCCCCACCCUGGAUCAGGGCACUGUCCUGGAAGGGGCCACCCACCAGGGCCCCCUGGGCACCCCCAUGGUCCACAUCACUGAGGAAGCAGAAGAAAAGGAUCCAAGAAUGUGGAGCCUGAUCUAUCAUGGAGCCUGA